GAAAAAUGACGUUAGGAAGAGGAUGUAUUAGUGAAAAUCGAGUGGUUGUCGUUAUUCAUACGACGUGGUGGACUGACUACCAGCACCAGGCCAUGAUGUCUCUAGUCUCUCCACCCCCUUUUUAGCGGUGGUCAGUUUUAAGGGUGGUGGUGUUAGGGAGAAGACAUCAUCGGCGAAGUAUUACGAUUAUUAAGCAGUGGAGGCCCCAUGAAGAUGUAUCUCAACAGACAACCAUUCAGACUCGGAUUACCCAUCAAGUUGUGGUUGUAGCUAUGGCAGCUGAUAUUCAUGAUAAUGUUUCUGAAUUCCCGCCAUAAUGAUGUUGAAGUGUCGGCCCCAGCCAUAAUGAUGUGCCUCUGUUAUAUACUGUGUAGUGACAGUUGCAGCAGCUAAGAAAAAAAAAAGAAGAAAAUGUAACGAUACAGUUAAAAGGAAGUUUUUAGUUUUGGUUAAUGUAGUGUUUAUGGGAUUUGUGCACAAGCUGUGAAAUGAAAUUAUUUUACUUGGAUGGUUUUCACCCCGCACCCAAGAACCAUCUGUUGGAUGUAAAUAUGUUUUGGUAUGUAGAAAUUAUUCCGAGACGCGAUCAAAUGAGAGCAGCUCAACAACCAUUUAUACAGCUUCUUAGUGCAACUACAGUCAAAGUUUUUGAGCUUGUUAUGCCUACUGGAGAGUUUUAAUAGUGAUAUCUGGCAUCUAAACACAUACAGUACAUGACCUCUGAAAACCAAUGAUAUUUGGUGUCGUCACUGGUUCUUUCAAGAAAAAUACUUACAUGUUACAUGUAUAAAUACUUGUUGUUAUUGUUGUUGUUGUUGUGUGGCAAAUGUCUAGUUUAAUAUUUUGCUAAGAUAAAGCUGAGAAAAUAUUGAGACAUUUGAUUCAGGCCUUGUGGAAAAAAAAGUAAAUAAAAAGGAAAAAAAAAAGGUCAAAUAAGUGUGUGUGCGUGUGUGUAUUUAAGAAGUGUCCCCCUUUACUCAAGUGAUCACACUACAGUUGCUUCAGGUCAGAGUCUUUUUGGUGGGGGGCUUUGUACCUGAGGAGUGUCAACCAUAUCAGUAAUUUCUAAGUCACUAUCUUAAGUUGAAUCACGAGCUUCUAGCAACCUAUUAUGCCCUUUGUAAAUUUGACCCACUGAAACUGGAUUCCUGCAAGAUCUUCAAGCUUUGCAAAUGUGAAUAUCUGCCAGUCUUCAGCUAGACUGCCCUUGCAAGUCGAGGUGUGAGGCUAGUGAAUGGGGUCAAGGUGUUAGAAGAAGAAAAUUUGUUUUUAUUUUAGGAUAUGAUCCUAAAAGUAGUAGUAGUUUAAGGAAAAAAAAAAGUGCUUCAUUCUUGUGCCUACAGUGACAGUGUACAAUAUUAGAAAAAGGUAGGCCUUUUAGAAGUUUUUAUAUGAAAGCUUUUAAGCAUAAAUCAGUAUUGUCCCCAAAGUGUGUUGCAGUGUCAGUGUGGAAAUUUAUAGGAAUAUCCAAAAUGUCUCUCAACAAAGUGCGCAGCUCUGGCUCCUUGGUCAACAACGAUGACAUCGUCAAGAGUGGACAUCUGAAGAAGCUAAAGGAGGCUUCGCUACAGCAAAAGGCUGAGGGAAUGGCUCAGGAAGCCCUGAGGAUGUUAGAUCGUAGGACCAUGAAAAAGAAGUUUUUUGUCCUUCGUCGUGGAACUGGUCCUGACAGCCCUGCACGCCUUGAGUACUAUGACUCUGAAAAGAAGUUCAGACAAGGAGCUCCCCCUAAAAAACCCAUCAUUCUCCGGUCUUGCUUCAGUAUCAACAAGAAGAAGGAUGCUAAGCACAAUCAUGUCAUUGCAUUGCAUACUGACCAGGAUUCUGUAAGUGUGGCAGCUGAAUCUGAAGCAGAGCUUAAUGAAUGGCUUAAUUCACUUAAAGUUCACAUGCAGCAAUCGGUUUCGGAAAGUGAUGGUCAGUCCAAGAAACUCUAUGAACACGUAUGGCUAGUUGUGGUUCAACCACGCAGCUUAGGAAGCAGCAAAAGCCUCACUGGAGAAUAUCGUAUAUGCUUAACAUAUAGAUCCAUUGCCAUGGUCAGAAAUGGAGAUUGCCAUAAAAUUGAAUUUCCACUGAACAGCAUACGACGCUGUGGGCAUGCAGACGCAUUUUUCUUUUUGGGCUUAGGCCGGUCAGCAAUAACUGGUGCUGGGGAUCUCUGGAUGCUUACAGAGGACCCUGUUAUUGCAGAGAACAUGCAUAAUGUCAUCCAAAAUGCAAUUUAUCGUCAUCGUAGGGCCAUGCAUGAUCCCUGCAACAUGAGUGAGGAGCCUGUCCGGGAGAGAACGCAGUCCAUGUCUCAUAACCGUUCCAUUGAUGGUACUACAGCGUGUCAUCCACGUAGCAGGUGCGGCAGCAUGCCUUCUCGCAGUCGUACAAGCAGCGAGGGUUCUGUACAGACAGUUCCUAGCAAGCUACCGCCUCCUAAUUGCUCCCAUCAAAUGGAUGGUCCUGGGCCUUUCUGUCUUCAUCCCAUCACAAGACCUCAGUCUAUGUACUCUUCCUCAUUAUCAUCGUACUCCCAGCCUUUUGCAUCUGCCUUGUUCAGUCCAGGUUCAAGUGAGUCUAUGGAAUCUAACACUUCUGUAGAUGAAUGUGAUGGACCAAAUUCUCAAACACCAGAUGUAGAAAAUUCAGGUAUAGAUGAAGAAGCAAGGUAUGUUGAAAUGGAGAGAGGAAAUGGUACUCAUGCCCGUGAGCAAUUGCAGACGCCCUUCACCCUUCCUAUUAAUAGUCGCACAAUCCCCACUUUUAGCAAAGGUUUAGUGUCCCCUGUAAGUGGCAGCAGUAUGGAUGGUCAGUGUGUUUCGUCGCCACAUGACAAUUAUUUGGAGAUGGCUAGUCCGUCAUCAGAGCGUAUUGUUGGUUCUAUGUCAGAUAGAGGGGGUUACAUGCUUAUGGAUCGUGCUCCAUCUCAACCAUCCCAAGGCCAAGGAAGUGUAGGAUCUGAAAGUUCAGGUUAUUUGCAAAUGGCACCCUUAAAUUCUCCUGGUUCUAGCCUUCCUUCCUGGCCAACAUACACAUCUAGUCAGGUCUCUUCACCACCACAUUCAGCUAAUCAUUCACGCAUCCCCAGUCUUGUAGAUGACAGUAGUGAUAGUUAUUUACCAAUGGCACCUGUUGGUCAUAUUGAUGAAGGCAUCAGAUCUCUGGAUAUAUCCAGUCGUGACCGUGAGGGCUACCUUGAUAUGACAGUCACUCCAUCUAUUCCUUUAACGUGCAGCCCUUCUGAUGGUGACUCCUUUCCUGAAAUGUCACCAGGAAGUAGUUGUUCCUUCACCUCUGGUACACCAUCUUCUGAUCAUCGGUUUCCAGAGUUUAUAGCUGAGAAAAGUGGCAGUGGUUCAUACUGUGGAUACUCGGAAGAUGAUGAUUCUUCUAUAGAACGGCCUAUUAGAACUAACUCUGUUGGAUCUAAACCUGAGCAGUUUAGAAGUCGUAAAAAUAGACUGGAAGUGAGCCCAGCCGAACCUGCCCGUGUUCGAGCCUUCUCUGUUGGUUCUCGUGUGGGACUAAGGCUGGCAGGUAGCAGAACUGGUUAUGUGGCCAGUGGCACAAGUGGUGUCACUUCGGCUUCUAUCACAGAGUUUUCUCCUUCUAUCAAGGAGAAAGGCAAACAAGUCAAAAGCAAGUCCACCAGUGCUCCCAUCUUGGGGUCUUCGCCAAUUUCCAACUCUUGGUCCGGGACACCUGGCACCUUUUUCCGUGGCUUCCUGCAGACUCGCAAUCAGGAGCGAAGUGAUCUAAUGGAAUUUGACUUCACCAGAAAUAAAAGCUGUGACAGCAUAACAUCUGACAAGGAAAAGAAGAGCAGCAGUAUAGAAAGCUUCAGAAGAACCAUAACUGGUCAGAGACAUCGCUCUAACUCAAAGUCAUCAGGCAAUGGUAAAUCCUCUGUAUUUGAUUCAAUAAAACGAGAUAAGAAAAAAUCUGAAAGUGAAUCCUCUGGGAAAGGUAUUGAAAUUCCCAAUCGGAAGAAUUAUUUUGAAUUAGAAACCAACCCAAGUCCUCGUCGCAGCACUGAAUCGAACAACGGUUACCUUCCCAUGAAACCAGCGAUCUCUCUCUCACAAUCUUCCACAACCGAGUACCUGGACAUGACCAGCAAGGAACCCAUAAAUAGACAGCCCUUUACAGAUUCUUACAUGGAUAUGUCAAGAAGUAGCGAUCGAAUUGUUUCUUCCUUGAGUACCUCCACGCCACAUGAGGGUUAUGUGGAUAUGAGUCAGGGAAAGGGGAUAGGCCCUCUAACCCCAAUAUCCUCAUCUUCCACACUCUCAAACAGCUCAUCUUUCAUUGGUGCUAGAGUCAGAAAAAUUUCGUCCACUUUUAUUCCAAUGUCUUCCCAAGACACUUGUUCUCAGUUGGACGAGUAUAUGCCUGUAGAUUUACGUAGUAGUGUUGAUUCAGCUUCCCAGUCACAUGAUGGAGAGAAGAAGAAGAAGGGGCAGAAAAAUACAAAAAGAAAGUCAUUUAAAGAUAGUAAGCGGAAAAAAUCAGAUCCGAUAGCAGUUAUUGUAAAAGGAGAUGGUGAAGUAACCCAAGAAAGUAGUAGGAAAGGUACAAGUCCUUUAUCACACUGGUCCACUUUCCUAGGCCGUAAAAAUUCCUCAGGUACUCCCCCUAAAACUCCCCUCUCUCCAACUGGCAGUCCACUGCCCAAGUCCAGUCGGGGAACUCCUAGUCCGUUUUCAAGUCUAACACGCUCCAAAAACAGAGAUGGUAAAGAAAAUAUCAAAGAUUCUGUAUCUAAAGAUAAUUCUGGGGUGCCUAGUCUUGGUUCAGGCUUUGGCACAAACUGUAUUGAAGAAUCUAGCAGGGAAUCAGAAGAAAGUGCCAUAUCAGCAGAUAGUGUAGAAUCCCCUAUCUCUACCCAAACAGUUCCUAAUAAUGGUGAGCAAAGUGGAAAAUUGAGUUCCAAGCGAUCGUCUGGCAUAUUUGAAGUAUCUCAGGUAACAGAUGUGAAAUCAGAAGAUAAGCAAGCAAAUGUUGGAGUAGAAUCUAUUAGUCAUACUGUAACAACCAAUAGUCAACAACAGCCACACCAGUCAGACAGUAAUAGUGGGGACAUGGGAGCCUAUGUGAAUUUAGUUUUGGGAUCGGGUACUACUGAAAAGAACUUAAACCUUAAUAUUGAGAAAAAGCAGAGAAAAAUAUCCAGUGGCUCUGGGUCAGCGGAAUAUAUGAACAUAUCUCCAGUAUCUACUAGUAGACUUUCAGAAUCUGAAGCACAGCAAUCGUCGUCAUCUUCAUCACAUGAUUAUGUAAAUAUGUGCCCAGGUGGACGUCGUUCAGAGUCAAAUACUCAGUCUUCUCAUCUGUCUCCACAGUCUGUUACUACUCCAAGCAUGACAUCUUCCAAUAGUAAAAACACCAGUGGUCUGAAAAUUGAUAUAAAGAAAAGUCCCAGUCUUGGUUACACUGGUCAGAGGGAACAGAAUCAAAGAGAAAGCAAGAGAUUAAGUGCUAGUGGUAGUGAUGAUGGUGAUGCAGAAAGUGGCUAUCAGCUAAUGACUAUUGGGACAUCAUCUCCCAAACCUACAUCUCCAAGAGUUGUUACUCGUCGUCCAGACAUUCCUCCAGCUUUGCUUGGUGGCCGUCCUGACCCUAGUCUAACUGCAAAUUUAGAUCGGCUAAAUUUGGGAGGCUCUGGAGGUACUAGUGUAAUCCCAGGAGGUAUUAGUGUAAGUGAACGUUGUCGAAGUCACAGUGGCCCAGGUGCCCCUGAAGGAAGUGCUGUUGGUGGUGAAAUACGUGUUAAGAAACAGUUGUCAGAGCCCAGGGUUGGUUCCGGGGGACAGGGAAAUAGUGGUCGAGCAGCAUCUGCUUGCUCUUCGCCAGUAUCUUAUUCGCCGCCAACUUCGCCUACUUUGGGUGGGUCAGUUUCUUCUGUAUCAUCAUUAAGUGAAGGGGGCCUCUCAUCUGCAUCUUCAACAUGUACAGUAGUGAAUGUGGGUUUAGGGCGACGGGAAAGUGGCUUAACCUUAGGAUUGCGUUUUCAAGAUACCCAGUCUGAUUCUGCAUCUUCAACAAGUGCUUCAUCAUCAUUAUCCUCCAGUCAGCAAUCUUCAGUCACUGUUAGUAGUGGUAGUGGUGAUAGUGGUCUGAAUUAUGUUUCUUUAGACCUAGGUCCAGCUCGAUGUGAAGGAGUCAUGCCAUCCCCCCGAGCUAGUCGUAGGACUGCCAGUGGCAACUCAACUCAAGCUUCUGGAACUCCUGCUGCUACCCAGGAGUGUACAGUUGGGGAGGAGGACUAUUCCCUCAGCUAUGCUCAAAUAGACUUUACUAAGAGUGAGGGUUUGCGUACUACCUCCCUAUCCCGUGACCACCGACACUAACAUUCUCAUACCCCACUCACACAUUGCCUCUACCUUUGCUCCCAUACCCACGCAAAUCAAAAUUGUAUAAACUGAUUUAUAAACUUAAGUAUUAAGUUAAUAAAAGUAAAAACAUGUGAGUAUA